CUUUUCCUUUUUGCCUUCAAUUUUCUGUGGGAUUUCCUCAAAAUUCAAUUUUACUUCACGCACUGCACAUAAUUUGACACUAUUAAUUAGAGAUCAUAGUAGUUGAUACCACUUUUUUUUUCUUUUAAGACGGUUUUUAACUGUUAACCAUUUUUAUGUAUCGGUCUUUAUUUCUUGAAGCGUAUUUUUGUUUUCAAACUUGUACUUUCGUUUUGGUUCCUGAAGUCAAGACUCUGUUAACCAACAGAGCAAUAAAUGGAGAUUGGAGUGUAAUAUGGCCCAAAAUAUUCUGGUGGUGGUUAAUCGCCAGAAAUUUUCUCUUAAGCGACAAUUUUUUUUUGCAUUCAAACUGUUAAAAAAUUUGACAGUUUUACUGAACAGAAUUAGGUCACAGUUGAGGGCAGGAAUCAGAAACAAAAUUAAGAUGUGAUUGGAUAACAUUAAUAUAAUUACUACAAAAGUUACUAAAUUUGCAAUAAAAUGUUUAUGUACAAGUGCAUGCAUCACUGUUUACUGAUAUUCAGUUAAAUAUAAACUCUCUCAAAAAGAAAAGUGUAACUCAUUUACUUUUCUAUUAACUUUUUGUUGAGUUGAGAGGGUAUUUUGUACUUUUUUGGUGAUGGGAUUAUUUUAUUGAUUGGGUUUGGUAUUAUUCCUCAUAUUAGCAUGAUUGUUUGAUUCAGUGCAACGAGGUUUUCUUGUGUUACCCACUGUUUGUUUUGUUUCUUCCUAACGUUGGUUUUUGUGAAGAAUCAUGACGAUAUUCUUGGCUCGAUGUUGUGAUGAGUUGUGCUUCGAUUUCUUUAUGGUUGAAAAAAAUAAAAGAAAAAUAUUGAUUCACCCCGCCUGUGGCGUGAAGGCAAGGGCGAAGCCUGGCCCAAGGGAGAAUCUCCUCCGGUGCUUUAUAAAGCGCAACCGCUCAACUCAAACGUACUAUUUGUUUCUCAGUUUAACUAACACGCUAGCUGAAGAUGGGAAGUUUCUUCUGGCUGCACGCAAGUGCAGACGUCCGACAUGCACAGAUUAUAUCAUCUCUCUUGAUGCAGAUGAUAUGUCAAAGGGAAGCAACUCCUAUGUCGGGAAACUAAGAUCAAAUUUUCUUGGAACAAAGUUCACAAUCUAUGACAGCCAGCCACCUCACUCGGGGGCAAGGAUUAUGAAAAGUCGCUCCACAAGGCUGGUGAAUCUAAAACAAGUUUCGCCGAAAGUCCCUACAGGGAACUAUCCAGUGGCUCACAUCUCAUAUGAAUUGAAUGUGCUAGGCUCCCGGGGGCCUCGGAGAAUGCAUUGUGUCAUGGAUUCCAUUCCUGCCACUGCAAUUGAAGCUGGAGGAGUAGCUCCUACACAGACCGAGUUUUCUCUUAACAACAUAGAUAUGUUUCCUUCUUUCCCUUUUUUCCGAUCAAAAUCAAAUCGUGUAGAAAACACCAUGUCCGGACCCCUGGUUGAUCAAAAGGAUGGGAUGCUCGUGUUGAAAAACAAGUCUCCUAGGUGGCAUGAGCAGCUCCAGUGUUGGUGCUUAAACUUUCAUGGCCGGGUGACAAUUGCCUCAGUUAAAAACUUUCAGCUGGUAGCUUCUGCGGAAAAUGGACCUGCUGGACCAGAGCAUGAUAAGAUUAUCCUCCAAUUUGGAAAAGUUGGGAAGGAUUUGUUUACGAUGGAUUACCGAUACCCUAUUUCGGCAUUUCAGGCCUUUGCGAUGUGCCUCAGCAGCUUUGAUACCAAGAUUGCUUGUGAAUGACAACAUGUUUAAACAGCUUGAAUCCAGAUUAUAUAGCUAUCUCUCUUACUUCUGGGAGAAGGAUGGUUUAAAAGCACUUGUUGGGAAGCAGAAAGAUGAAAAGAUAAAAUUGGUUGGAAGGGUGUUGAACUGAAUUUUAAAGGUCCAUUCAGUUUUCUAGGAUCACAAUUCACCAGCUCUUGGGAGAAGACACCAUGAACUUGGAAUAUUAUUUGAAACUCCUCCACCCUCACCUCCACAAGACAACACAAAAAGAGAAAAAGGGAAAAAAAAAUACUUUUCUUCUGCCUCCGUGUACAUAAAUGAUAUUUUUCAUUUAUUUUUGUCUUUCAACAACUGUCUGGUUGUUUGUGGUAUUUAAAACAUGUCCCCCACAAGACAUGUUUUUGAUUAUGGGACUACUAUCUAGCUUUCAACUUAUCCUUUCAUGAGAACAUGUUGUGUUAGUUAGACUACUUGCAAGAAAACAAGUGCAAGCAACUUGUUAUGUUCAACUC